AACACUAUAAUUUUUAUCAGGAACUGACCAAAAACAGAAGGCAAAAUCUGUACAGCGGAGCUCUUCGGGAGAUAGUGAGAGAACAGUGCGGAUAUUAGUUUACACAGCUAUGUAAACUUUUCGAUAUCCGCAAACUGUUUGAGAGAGACUGUAUACAGAAAUGCGCUCAGUAAAAUAAAUAAAUAUUGUCAGGCUGCAUCCCUCGCAACAUAAUCAGACCACUUUUAUCGCCCACUCUGUAACCACACACCAGUAAAUUAAUGUGGGAAUCAGGGUUCUGCAUCAAAACUCAUGAUGUUUGUGGGUGCCACGUCGGCACUUUUCUGUAGCCGGGCCCAUCGAGUUAUAAUUCCCGCGGGACGGCCGAACUGAAACUUGUACUAAGAUCAUUUAAGGAUCUGUUAGCGACAGACAGACGUUUCUCCCGCCACAAGCUACGACGAGAAACAUUGCCAGCAACGGCAGAAAUUACUGCAAGGUACCAAACAACAACUAGUGUAAAAUUAUUAUACAAACUGUGAAAAACCGAAGGGAGCCUCCUCCGUGCACAAUUUAAGACUAGUUUCUACGGUUCCCGGAAGUGCGGCAGGACAAAUAGGAAGAUUCCCGAUUGAAAAUAAAUGUUUUCUAUCAAUAUAGCUUUCUUUUGAAGUGCAGUGCUUACAUUUUAAAGUAGCCCCAAAGUUUCACAGAAGAGCACAAUUCCAUUAUGCGUACAUUUCAGCUGUACCUCUUUUAUGAAGAACGAUCCUCCUUUUUAAGUUUUAGUAAUUGCAGUUUUACCUUAAAGGAUCUGCCACAAAUACCCAUGGUAAAAAAAACUCUUGUCAUAUAAAUACUUCAAAUAACUUUAUAUGGUUGGAUAACUGGAGCUUGUACAUGAAAAUGGCCCGGACAUUCCUUCUUCUUUUAUCUUCUGUUGUAGCUGUGCUAGGUGGACUAAUGUUUGGAUAUGAGAUGGGAAUAAUCUCUGGAGCCAUGUUUCAACUGAAAAGGGAUUUGCAUCUGAGCUGUGGUGAAGAAGAAGUCCUUGUGAGUGCCCUGCUUCUGGGAGCCCUUUUGGCUUCUUUGAUGGGAGGUCUGCUUAUCGAUUUCCAUGGAAGAAGGACCUCAAUGUUGUUUAGUAACAUGAUGUUAUUUGGGGGCAGUUUAAUCAUAGUAUUUUCAGCUACAUUUAUUUGGCUUGUUAUUGGACGUAUCGUCAUUGGAUUUGCUAUAUCCCUGUCAUCUAUGAGUUGCUGCAUUUACAUAUCGGAGAUUGUGGGCCCCUUGCAACGUGGUUUGUUGGUGUCACUUUAUGAAUUUGGCAUCACAGCUGGUAUUCUAGUCUCAUAUGCCAUAAAUUACACAUUUUCCAGUGUUGCAGGAGGAUGGAAGUACAUGUUUGGGAUAGCUACAGUGCCAACAUUUUUUCAUUUUUGUAUUAUUUUAUUUCUUCCUACUGACCAAACUACAGAAGAGAGAUCCGACCAAGAUGACAGUGCCUUACAAGAACUUAUUCAAGUUGAAAAUGACGAUGGUUUAGAAGUAAAGCCUUCAGUUAGCAGUCAGAAACAUUAUUCCAUUAUUGACCUUUUUAGAUAUAAAGACAACCUGAGAAGCAGAACAUUUGUUGGUUUGGGGUUGGUUAUGUUUCAACAGUUUACUGGACAGCCAAAUGUCCUGUACUACGCAUCAACGAUAUUUCAUUCAGUGGGUUUUCAGAGUGAUUCUUCUGCAACUCUAGCUUCUGUUGGAUUAGGUGCUGUGAAAGUUGCAGCUACCUUAGUUGCCAUGGCUUGUGUUGAUAAGAUAGGAAGAAGGAUAUUGCUAAUUGCUGGAUGUGUUGUGAUGUCUUCUUCUAUGAUUAUAAUUGGGAUUACAAGUCAUAAUAUUCCAGUGACCAGUAAUGAUACUUGCAAGGCGAUACAUUCAACGUUUUCAAACAAUCUUACUGCUAAUGUCUUAAAUCUGACAUUACUGAAUGCUACCUCAGAAGACUCUCUUAGUCAGAUUAAGCAACAGCACUUAAUUAAUGUUCCUUUAACCUCAACAACUCUUUUUCUUGACCACCCCAACAAAAAUUUAACAGUGAACUCUAACCUGCUUCCUGAGCAAAAUGAAAUAAUCCAACUAAAAGAAGUAAAUGACAGUGCUUUUUUACUUAAUUACCCAAAUUCAAGACAACAAGUAUUCUUUAAUUGGAUUACUUUAAGUAGCAUGAUGGUUUUCGUAGCUGCAUUCUCUGUUGGAUUUGGGCCAAUUACCUGGAUUGUUCUCAGUGAGAUUUAUCCCGCUGGUAUACGAGGAAGAGCAUUUGCAUUUGCUAACAACUUUAACUGGGCUGCAAAUCUGAUCAUUAGUCUCACAUUUCUGGAAGUAAUUGAUGUAUUUGGCUUAUCAUGGACAUUUCUGUUUUACGGGUUCAUGGCAAUGAUGGCUGCUUUAUUUAUUUAUAUUUUCCUUCCAGAAACUAAAGGCCAGUCACUUGAACAGAUCAGCAGACUAUUCUCUCACCAAAGGUACAAUCUAAGAUUCUCAAAAGCAGGAGUAUGUUUGAAAAGAUUAAGAAGGAAAAGAAGAAAAUUGCCUUCUGGAUACCAAGAGCUGGAAAUGUCAAGCAUGUGAACUUUUCUUUAUGUGACAGAAGUUACUUUUCAUCAGUGUUCUGUGAGUGCAGUGUUCAGUAUCAUGGUACAGAUUUGGUUCCAAUCACAUACGACACUUUGCAAGAAACCGCAGUGCUUGAGACGAGUAUAUUACAGAAUAUACCAGUUACUGAUCUACAGGUGAACUCUGUGGUCAUCGUGUAUUUUAAAAUGAAUGUCACAUGUUUUUGACUUUCAGAUGUUAUCGUGUUGUGAUCGUACUCCCUUUAUGGGGCUUAGUGCAGUAGAAUUCUGUGAUGAUGUUUUGGGGAACUCUUACUGAGAAACAGAUAACCAUUGUUUUGUUUUCUCCCUUGGAACUGGUUUAUUCAUUUUUUGUUCUUAGUAAAACAUAAGAGGAGUCAGUAAUCUAUUACAACAGUGUUGCUGAGUAUCGAAGUUUGAAUAGUGGCAGCAAAGACAUUGGUAUUGUUUUGUGCCGUACUAAAUAUUUUGCAUCCAUACAGAGCAGAUUUAUUGAAUAACACGUUUAUACCAAUGUUUACCAACAAAUAUGAAUUAAAAUGUACAAUUCAAUAAAAUGGCUUGUUCACUGUUGCAGUCAUUAGUGCUGCUGCCUCAUA